AGGGUCUUCAUACUCAAUUGGGGCAGGUUUCACGCAUCAAGUCUGCCUGAGUUGGGCAAAGUCUAUUAGAUCAGAGUUUUUACUGAGUUAUUGGAGGAUGUUUAACAUCUUUGUUUUGUUCUGUCUCUGCUGGUGGAGUCAGAUUGGUGUGUUUAGUGAGCCAGUGUCUGUGAUGGAGGGAGAUUCACUUCUUCUGCACACAAAUGUUACUGAAGUACUUGAAGACGACAUACUGUGGAAAUUUGGAGCUGAAAAGUCUCUGAUAGCUGAAAUCAGUGGAGCUCCUGGAAUCUUCUCCACAUAUGAUGGUCCUGGUGAGAGAUUCAGAGACAGACUGAAGCUGGACGAUCAAACUGGAUCUCUGACCAUCAUGAACAUCUCAACUCAACACGCUGGAGAUUAUCAGCUAGAGAUAAAUGCGGCUAAAGAGUCAUCAAAAACAUUUAGUGUUUCAGUCUAUUCUCAUCUGCCUGUUCCUGUCAUCAGCAGUAACUCUUCACACUGUACAUCACCAUCAUCUUCCUCUUCAUCAUCAAAUUGUUCAUUGUUGUGUUCGGCGGAGAACGUGGGUCAUGUGACUCUCUCCUGGUACAAAGGAAACAGUUUAUUGUCCAGCAUCAGUGUGUCUGAUCUCAGCAUCAGUCUCUCUCUACCUCUGGAGGUGGAAUAUCAGGAGAAAAACACCUACAGCUGUGUGAUCAACAACCCCAUCAGAAACCAGACCACACAUCUGAACAUCAGUCAGCUCUGUCACACGUGUUCAGCCUCAGUCUCUGUGGUAGUGUUGAUUUCUGCUGUUGCUGGAUCUCUGUUGAUUAUAGCUUUUAGGAUCUUCUGGAUAUGCAGGCAGCGGAGGAAAACAGAUCAAGAAGGCAAGUGUUAGCUACUGUUUUCAAACCGUUAAUCACAAUUAACCAUAGAAGGUUGGGAAUUAACACUUUAUGGGAAGAAACUAAAAUUUAAUUAUUGGCUUAGGCUGGGGGUCUCUGAAUUUGGUCCUGGUUUAGCUCCA